UUCAUUAACAUUUUUGUAAUUUAUCCAAUUUAGAAAGUCAAAUUACAAUGAGUAGGCAUAGCGAUAAGCAUUUUAGCCCAGUUAACGUGAAGUCUAGGAAGCCAUUGCUCCAAAAAUACGACAAUCUGGAGAAAAUGCCGGUAAAAACCACAAUUACAAUGCGAGAUUCUAAGGAAGAAGUCGAUGGUCAGUCAUCAAGCAAUAGAGGGUCUUUUAUAAUACUUGGAGUCAUUUUUAUAGCUUCAUUAGCAGCAAUGAUGUUUGUUUACACUAGUUUUCCAGAGCUUAGACCGGAAGACAAAGCUAGUAUAAAAUURCCUAGAAAUAUGGACGAUGCAAAAGGAUUAGGGAGAGCUCUGUCAAAGUACACUGAUGAUUAUUUUACGCAAGUUGUAUUGGGGUUUAUAGUUACAUAUAUAUUUUUACAAACAUUUGCUAUCCCAGGAUCGAUAUUUGGUAGUAUUUUAUCUGGAUUUCUUUUCCCAUUCCCUUUAGCACUGUUCCUAGUGUGCCUAUGUUCUAGUGUAGGAGCAUCAUUUUGCUAUCUUCUAUCACACUUGGUGGGAACCAAGCUUGUCAAACAUUAYAUUCCAGAGAGGGUGGAGAAAUGGAGAUCACAGGUAUCCCACCACAAAGAUGACAUUCUCAGUUACAUCAUAUUCCUACGCAUUACACCAUUCUUACCAAACUGGUUUAUCAACAUAACAUCACCGGUCAUUGGCGUGCCACUCUUUCCUUUCUUUCUAGGCACAUUUAUAGGCGUGGCUCCACCAUCAUUUGGUUUCAUCAGUGCUGGAGUAGAGCUCUACGUUCUUACGACCACUGGUGACAUCAUGUCAUUAAAGUCAAUCAUGAUCGUCGUUAUCUCUGCUAUUCUGUCUCUAUUGCCCGUCAUAUUUAGAAGGCAAUUAAAGAGUAAAUUAGAAUAGAUUUGGCUAUGAACAUUUUUGUUAUAGGAUUUUAAGAUUAUAACUAAACACACGACAAAAUAUUAUUUUAUUCUCCCCUAACCAUAACUUCCAUUUAUUUAUCUUGAGCAAAGAAUAGCUGACUUGCAAAUAUCACCUCUGUAGUCAAACACAAAAGAAUCAAGAUGAGUUGCUGUACAUAAAGCUCAGUCAUUUAUGUAGCCUGCUUACAGGCAUUCCUGCUCCUCUCCUCCCCAUUCCUUCUCGGGCCCCCAGCUGGAACGUCUGUAAGCAUGCUAUCAUUUAUGAAAAGACAAUAGUUUUUCACCAUUGACUGAGCUUUAUGCACRGUGACUCUUGAUUCUUUUGUGUUUGGCUACUGAAGCAAAAUUUGAAAGUCGGCUAUUGAGAUGAAGGACUUAUAAUAGAGUUGACUUGCCCUUGAAAUAUUUAGAAGACUAGUAGGUAGUGGGAUACGUCUUAGUUAUACUAGUGAUUCUUUGUUUCAACUGUAGUAUGUAUAUCACAGAAUUACAAUAAUAGCUAGUGUCCAGUAAGUUACAGCAGAAACAGUUGCAUUGCAACUUCAAUGUUCAAAGGAAAUUGUUGGAAUUUAGGUUUUUUCACGUCUUGGGGGCAAGAUUGAUACAAAUCAGCCAGUGACUGAAUGAGUUUAUGAAAAGCUCCGCCCCUCAGAUCCAAGGAUAGAACAAUCCAAACAAACUUCAAAACGAAGAAGUCAUGGUGCAAUGAUUUCUGCUGUAAGUGUUGCAACAACUUAAACUAAACAAUUAAAUUAUUGGAAUUUUUAUUUGGGUGUAAAAUGUACAAUUGAUACACACCAUAUCUUUGAGAUAUAGGAACUACAUGUACAGCUGAGUAUUGAUAUAAACAUUUAAAUUAUCCCAAUUCAUUUGUUGAAACGUUGAAUGCAGAUAGUGAAUCAAUAGCCCACAAAUAUCAGAAAUAUUCUUUUGAAACUUUCAUUUUAUUUAAAGGACUAUUAUAGUGUUUGUCCUCUAUUUCUUUGCCUGGGCUUUGUCCAGUGUUUACAUGUAAAAUAACAGAUGUAUGCAGGCCAUUUAGUACUCAAUAUUGAAUUGUUAUUAGAUGCAUUUAAUCUGUGAAACAAAUCAGUACUCUUUACCACUAAAUUUGAUCAUUUCAGAAUUAUUUAGUCUGCAUGGUCGAGUAYGCUAUGAGUUGAUAGUCUAUGAUCGAGGCUCUAUACUUGGCCAGAUAGACCAAUACUGGGGCAUUCAAACUUCAUGUAAUCAAGUGGUCUAAAUUGCUUUAGUAACCAACAAAUUUGAGCAAAGACAAUUAUAAAGAAUAACUUUUCUCUGCAUUUGCAGGAUUUGUAAUAGCCCAUAGUUUAAUGAUGAUAAUCUUGUUAAGGAAUUAAGUAUAAUUUUGUACCUAUUUUGUAUUAUGAAUGUUUCAUGGAUAAAGUGCAUUUUCUUAUUUUACGAGUUAAUUGUAAUUUAAAUGGGAAAUUUAUCAUAUAUUUAUUGAUAUGUAAAAUAUAUGUAAAGAUAAUUAGAAUUAUUCAAAUAAAUAUGUGUUAAUAUAUUAUUUGAAGAAUAUGAUUGCAGUUCAAUAAAAUAUGGUUGAGACAAUU